AUGCCGGAGUGUGUUUCGGUGUCAGACUUCGUGCAGGAGGUUCAGGAGGACUGGAGCUCCCCCACCACCUCCUCCUUCACUUCCAAGAUGAUCAGCUGCAGGAACACCGUCUACCUGCUGGAGGAGGUUCUGGACAGUGACCGACUGGUGUUGCAGAAGAUGAAGAAAGCUGCUAAAGCCAAAUACACAUCAGGACAAGACCACGUGUCUCACCUGGAGCAGUACAUUAAUUCGAUGGAGAAGCUGUCGGUCAACUGUCACUCAAACGGAGAGACGGAGGUCGGCUCCGCCUUCUGUCGUCUGGCGGACUUUUCUAAAGAGCUCGUGUCUCCAAUGAAGAACCUGUUAAAGAGCAUGCUCCACAACAUCAACUUCUUCCUGGACUCUCUGGUUAAAGGAGACCUGAGGGAGGUGAAGGGGGAUCUGAAGAAGCCUUUCGACAGAGCAUGGAGGGACUAUGAGAGCAGAUUUAAGCAGGUGGAAAAGGAGAAGAGGGAGUUGGCUCGUCAGUAUGGGAUGGUGAGGAGCGAGGUGAGCGGAGGAGAGAUCGCCGAGGAGCUGGAGAAGGAGAGACGCUCCUUCCAACUGAGCAUGUGUGAGUAUCUCAUUAAGGUCAACGAAAUUAAGACGAAGAGAGGAGUCGACCUGCUGCAGAACCUCAUCAAACACUACCACAGCCACAACAAUUUCCUGCAGGAGUGUGUUUCCACCACUCAGAGGUUGAAGCAGUACAUGGAGGAGCUGAACGGAGUCCUGACCACGGUGAAGCAGCGUCAGGAAGAGGAGAAGAAACAGCUGUGUGCGCUCAGAGAUCAGCUGAGGCCGGUCGUCCACACAGAGCAGGACUCCCUCCCUAAGCAGGUGUACAGUAUGCAUCAGCUGCUGGGAGACAAACAGUACGGAACAGAAAGAUCAGGAUUCCUCUAUAAGAAGAGUGACGGGUUGAGGAAAAUGUGGCAGAAAAGGAAAUGUUCAGUUCACAACUGUUAUCUGACCAUCGCACAUGCUACUCCCAAUAAACCUCCUACCAGACUCAACCUGCUCACCUGUCAGGUCAAACCCAGUGUAGAGGACAAGAAAUGCUUUGACCUCAUCUCUCAUAAUCGGACCUACCACUUCCUGGCUGAAGAUGAAGCUGAGUGUGUGGCCUGGAUCUCGGUGCUCAGUAACAGUAAGCAGGAGGCUCUGAGCAUGGCUCUGGAUGGGGGGAGGAGAGGGGGAGGAGGAGGGGAGAGCAGUGUGGAGGAUCUGACCCGGGCCAUCACGGAUGACAUCAGACGGAUGCCAGGAAACAACAGCUGCUGUGACUGUGGAGCUCCAGAUCCUGGAUGGCUCUCGACCAACCUGGGUGUCCUGACCUGUAUCGAGUGUUCAGGCAUCCACAGAGAGAUGGGGGUCCACGUCUCCAGGAUCCAGUCUCUGAGUCUGGACAGUCUGGGGACCUCAGACCUGCUGUUGGCCAGAAAUGUCGGUAACUCUGGGUUUAAUGAAAUACUGGAGGCGAACUUGCUGAGUCCGUCACUGAAGCCCUCCCAACACAGCCACAUGGCAGAGCGUAAAGACUUCAUCCUGUCGAAGUAUCAGGACGUUCAUUUUGUCAGGCGGACUCACAGCUCGACUGUAGCGCUGCGAUUCGGCCUGCAGGAGGCGACCAAGAGCUGCGACAUCUACAGUCUGAUCCAGCUGUACGCUCAGAGGACGGAGCUGAGCCAGCCGCUGCACACACACAUACAGGAGAAAGGGGAAACUGCGCUCCAUCUAGCCGUCUUACUGGCUGACAGAACGUCGUUGCACAUCCUGGACUUCCUGGCUCAGAACUGCUCCAAUGUUGACAUGCAGACAUCAGCGGGAAACACAGCGCUGCACUACAGCUGUCUGCACAACAAGAGUGACUGUGUCAAACUGCUGCUGAGAGCCAGAGCCAACACACACAUCAAGAACGAGUUAGGAGAGACCGCUCUGGACGUGAGCCGCAGGUUGAAGCACAGUCACUGCGAGGCGCUGCUGCAGCAGGCACAGUCCAACCAGUUUGACCAUCACGUCCAUGUGGAGUACGAGUGGAGGCUUCGUCAUGACGAUCUCUAUGACAGUGACGAUGACUUUGAUGACAGGAAUGGUCCAGUGAAGAAGGAGCGCACUUCCUCCUCCUCAUCCUCCUCCUUCACCUCCUCCUUCUCCUUCACCUCCCGUCCCUUCAGCUUCAGCCAGUCCAUGUCCUCCUCCGUCACCCCGCCUUCCUCUGCAGCAGCAGGAGGAGGUCUGCUCAGUGUGGGGAGGAGGCUCGCCAUGGCCAUGGAGCUCCACAGCCGGCCCACUGGUUCUGCUCCAAGCCCCCCACCACCUCCCCCGUCCUCUCCUGCGCCCCCGCUGCCCCCAAGGGUCAAAGCUCCCAGUGUUCCUCCUCCUCCCCCUCCUGCUGGGGGAGAGGGAGUGGGUGGGGAGGAGGAGGAAGAGGGAGAGGUCUUCUUCCCCCUUACAGGAAACAGAAAGUCAACCCCUCCCCCUCCCAUCGCCGUCCGCCACAAGAGGAGCUGUUCUGAGUCCAGCAAGCAUGAUUACGGGUUGCCAACCAGUCCCAGGAUCUACAGUGGUCCAGACUCCUCCUUUAAGAAGUGUGUGUGAGUAUCUGAGACAAAAACACACUGAAACUCACAAUAAACACAUGCAAG